GGCUUCGCUUGCAAAUUGCUGUUUGUUUUUCUUAAAUCUUAGGUUCAAUGGCGAUACCUAUUUUGUAACGUUCAAAUUCAGACUCCAUCCACAGAAAAUACCAUACCAUAUUGCAAUAUACAAAAACCAAUCCUCUUCCCUAUCCUCUCCCGCCGCCGUCGCAGUCGCAGUCGCCGUCGCCGCCGUCGCCUGAAAAUAAAACAAACCCUUAUUCCUCCUUAUUUUUUUAUAUUUAUAGAUUCUCUCCAAUCUCCAUUUACUUCACAUCGCCACUCUCCCUCUGAUUGGAUCAGUUUGUGCUCUGUGCCCUAGACUUAGAUCUCUCUCUCUUACAUACGCAUACUAUAAUUAGCCACAACUACCUGCGCGGGGACGUGCGUACGGAUCCCUCUCGGCAUCGGCGCUCAGUCCUCCGAUCUCCUUCCGCCGCCCGAUCGACCAGGAUCGUCGGCGAGCUGAUUAAAUCGAGCGGUGGGAGAAGACAGAACAUUUUCGUUAGUUUUCCUGUAAUGAGGUUCUAGAUGAAAUCAGCUCAAGCCUGGCGUCUUGGCAUGAAAGUCGCCCCGAUAUUCCCGAUGCCUCGACAGCGUGCUCAAUUGAAGAAGCCGACGUGGAUUAUUACACUAAUUUCAUUAGUCUCCUUGUUUUUAGUUUGUGCUUACAUUUAUCCUCCUCACAAUUCGGGGGCAUGUUACGUAUUCUCAACCCACGGUUGCAAGGCCUUACAUGAUUGGCUUCCUCCAACACCUCUUAGAGAAUUAACUGAUGCUGAGGUUGCCUCUCGCGUCGUACUAACUGAUAUUCUUAAAAUGAAACCGGCGCUAUCAACGACUCCCAAGAUCGCCUUCCUGUUUUUGACACCUGGUCCAUUACCGUUCGAGAAGCUUUGGGAUCUGUUUUUUCAGGGCCAUGAAGGUAAAUUUUCUGUGUACGUGCACGCGUCCAAGAAUAAACCAAUUCAUUUUAGUCGUUAUUUUUUCAACCGGGAGAUCCGUAGCAACGCGGUAGAUUGGGGGAAAAUUUCAAUGGUCGACGCAGAAAGACGCCUUUUAGCAAAUGCACUUAACGAUCCAGACAAUCAGCACUUUGUGUUACUAUCUGACAGCUGCAUACCACUUCAGCAGUUCGAUUAUGUAUAUGACUAUCUUCUGAAUACAAAUGUCAGCUUCGUAGAUUGCUUUGAGGAUCCCGGCCCACAUGGAAGUGGCAGGUAUAUUGAUUAUAUGUUACCUGAAGUUGAGAAGAAAGAUUUUCGAAAGGGGUCACAGUGGUUCACAAUGAAGCGGCAACAUGCCAUUAUAAUCGCAGCAGACAAUCUCUACUAUACUAAAUUCAAGGAUCAUUGCCGGCCGGGCAUGGAGGGUGGGCGCAACUGCUACGCCGAUGAACACUACUUGCCGACAUUUUUCUAUAUGCUCGAUCCAAAUGGAAUAGCGAAUUGGUCAGUGACGCACGUCGAUUGGUCCGAAAUGAAGUGGCAUCCAAAGUCGUAUCGAGCACAAGACAUCACCUUAGAAUUGAUGAAAAAUAUCACAUCUAUUACAGAAAGCGUACAUGUUACUAGCGACGAAAAGAAAGAGGUUCAGACCAGGAGAUGCUUGUGGAAUGGAGAUCAGCGGCCGUGUUAUCUGUUUGGGAGGAAAUUUUUGCCGGAAACUCUCGAUAAUUUAAUCCAACUUUUCCCAAACUACACAUCAACUGCAGCAGCAGUUAGCUGAUCCCAUAAGACCAGAGCAUCGAUUCUUUUCUCAUAUUCAAGCAUUGAGUUGAAUUCGAUCGAUGGUUUCUCUCCCUGUUGUAAAAAUCAUCUUAAAGUAUAUAGGAUCGACGAGGCGGGGCGGGGCGAGCGCAGAAGGUGACAAUGAAGAAAUUAAAAUUGCUGUUGAGGCACACUUAUUGCAUGAUUCUGUGUUAAGUUCUAACACUCUUUCUUUCUGUCUUUCUGGCUGUCCUUUUGUAGAAGUUGCAAAUAUGUUCAUGGCAGUUGCUGUUUUUCGUUUUUCUUUUUCUUUUUUGGUUAAAAAGAAAUUAUUUUUGGGAAUUGUUUGAUUAAAUUUUGUUGAGGCAUUUUGGUGUCAUUGAAUUAGUGAAUAUUCCUCAAAAUGAGGGGACAGUGCUGAAUUGGUAACAAUGAAAUUGUGAAGCUUGUUUCGCCGUA